AAUUAUGCCCAUUGAUAACGCGUUAUCACACAUAACUUUACUUUUGGGCAGUGAAGACUUUUUUCAUUCUACCUACAGAAUAAAGGCAUUUUUCGAAUGUAAAUGGAAGAAGUAGUACAACAGAUGACGAGAAACAUGAAAUUCUCGAAGCAAUCCGAUUCAAAUCGAACAUUUCGAAUAUAUCGAGUUCUUCAACCUGAUCGAUUCACUGUUUCCAGAACGUCGAAUCUAGAUGGCCAUGUGAAUAUCAACGGUAAAGAGCGAAGUCUGAGGCGAUUCAGAAAGAUGUCCUGCUACAUAAUGCAAGACGACUGCCUGUCACCUCAUUUAACCGUCAAGGAGGCCAUGCAGGUCUCAGCGAAUCUCAAAUUAGGUAAAGGCAUCACGCAGGCGGAUAAGAAAAUCGUUAUCAAUGAGAUUUUAGAGACACUAGGACUACAAGACUGCAUAGACACAAAUUCCUCGAGUCUAUCAGGAGGUCAGAGAAAACGUCUCUCCAUCGCAUUGGAGCUAGUCAACAACCCACCAGUGAUGUUUUUCGAUGAACCGACCAGCGGUUUGGACAGUUCCUCGUGUUUUCAGUGUCUCUGUUUGUUGAAAUCCCUAGCGAGGGGCGGUAGGACUAUCAUUUGUACCAUCCAUCAGCCUUCCGCGAGGCUCUUCGAGAUGUUUGACCAUCUGUAUAUGCUGGCGGAGGGACAGUGCAUAUAUAGGGGGCCGGUCAUGGGACUCGUGCCGUUCUUAUCAAGUAUGGGUUGAAUUGUCCCAGUUAUCACAACCCAGCGGAUUAUGGUAAGCUAAGAUUGUUCCUGCGCGAUUCUGAGCGCACUCAAACUCCAGGAAAUAAAGCAUUCAGUUCUCUAAGAAUCAAUCAUACCAGUCGACAUUUUCGAACAAGAAAAUCAAGGAAAA